AUGCCGGCUGCGGAAAUGCCCUCAAGCUCUUCGACGCCGGGUUUAGACCCACCAAAAGUUGCAUCAAGUCCGGGUAAUUGUGGGGAGACGGUCGACGUCAAUCCAACAUCAACAUCAACAUCAACUUCAGCUUCAACUUCCGAUUCCACUUAUUCUCCUUGGUCUCCCAUUGCCAGAUCAGCCCUAAGUCUUCGCUCCAUUGGUCCAUCCAAAUCCGUGGAGUCUCUUCCUACCAUCGGUACUCUACCGCUGGGCUCUCUUCGAAUUACGGAACCGAGAGAAGACUCGGAUCUGGAGACGCCGCUUACUACUCCCGACGUCGCCAUGGACUCAUCCGUAGAACCUAAGCACCCGUUCCCUACGGGCGGCGAUGUAGUCAUAUUAGACGACCUGCCGGCAGGCUUUACCGUGGGCUGCGACACCGUGUCCUUCUCGACGAAAAAACCUUUUCCGGGCUUCCGCGAUAUCCCGCCGGGCGCGCAUCUGAUCUGGGUUGCGCCCUCCGAGCUGACGUCCUCGCGGAGCGCGUACUGGAUCGUCACACCCGAGCGGGAGGACUGGGAGCCCGGCGAGGUCUACGUUAAGCAGUGGGACAAGUUCAACGAAGUCCUCAGCGACCCGGCGAGCCAGGCCGAGGACAGGUUCCAGAAGGAGGCGCUGCAGCAUAUCUUCACCAGCCUCUCGCCCUACCAGCUCCGCGCCACCGCGUCGGGCGCGCUCUCCGCCCCGCCCAGACGAGGAGUCGGAGUCGACAACGGCAACGCCGCCGACCGGCUCCCGGAGUUCCUGAGCAACGAGAAUAUAUGGUCCCACCUCACGUCGGCCAUCACCCCGGACCUCCUCAACAGGAUCACGGGUAAACCCCAGCGCAGCUGGCAGGUCACCACCCAGGACAGCGUCGCCGGCGAGACCACCCUCGCCGAGGAAGCCCGGCUGUACGCCAGCGGCAAGGCGCAGCUGCGCUUCUCGUUCGCGACGAGCGCGCCGCUCGUCAGCGCCUCGGCGACGGGCCCGGAGCGCACGCGGCAAGCGCUGGACCCGACGUCCUUCGUGCUGGAGGCGCUCGCGCUCGCGGGCCGGCCCUCCGACGACCUCGCGGGCGAGCUGUCGUUCGCCUUCCUGUCCGGCAUGCUCCUCGGCAACUACUCGUGCCUGGAGCAGUGGUGGUUCUACGCCACGCGCCUCGUCUUCCGCUGCUACGCCCUCGCCGCCGCCCGCCCCGCUCUCGCCGCCCGCCUCCUGCGCGCCUUCCACGCCCAGCUCGUGUACAACGACCGGCACCUCGACGGCGACGUGCUGGAGAUGAUGCCGACGAACGCGCGGCGGCUGCGGCGCGCGCUGACGACGUACGCGUCGCGGCUCGACGAGACGAUCCCACCCCACGGCGACGGCGUCACGGUCACGCCCGACCAGCGCCUGGUCCGGGAGGCGUUCGCGGACCUGGAGGCGUGGCUGAGGGCCAGGCUGGGGUGGGACCUGCGGGAGGAGUACGUGCGGUCGGGGACGGUGAUGCUGGAGGACGGGGAGGUGGUGAGCGCCGAGGUGUCGGACUUCGAGGACGAGGACGAGAGGGGCGAGUUCGCGCCCGUGGUGGUGAGGCUGGAGGAUGGCGGGGGGAGGGAGGUUGGGCUCGUGUCGUGGGAAGAAGAAGAUGACGAUGAUACGUAG